AUGGACAUCGCCAAAAAGAAGCGCCGCAUCGCCCUCGGCUGCGAAGGCUCAGCCAACAAGCUGGGCAUCGGCGUCAUCCUGCACGAAGGCGACCUCUUGUCCCCGUCGACGUGCACCUCGCGCGUGCUCUCCAACGUCCGGCACACCUUCGUCUCACCGCCGGGCACCGGCUUCUUGCCCAAGGACACGGCGCACCACCACCGCGCCUUCUUCGUGCGCGUGGCCAAGCAAGCGCUCGUCGACGCGGGCGUCUCGGUCGCCGACAUCGACUGCAUCUGCUACACCCGGGGCCCUGGCAUGGGGGCGCCGCUGACGUCGGUGGCCGUGGCGGCGCGCACGCUGGCGCUGCUGUGGGGCAAGGAGCUGGUCGGCGUGAACCACUGCGUCGGGCACAUCGAGAUGGGGCGGGCGAUCACGGGGGCCGAGCACCCGGUGGUGCUGUACGUUUCUGGGGGCAACACGCAGGUGAUUGCGUACGCGGAGCAGCGGUACCGCAUCUUUGGCGAGACGCUCGACAUUGCUGUAGGUAACUGUCUUGACCGGUUCGCGCGGGCACUGGCCAUCAGCAAUGAUCCGGCGCCGGGGUAUAAUAUUGAGCAGCUGGCAAAGCAAGGAGGGAGGGUGCUGCUGGACCUGCCGUAUGCGGUUAAGGGAAUGGACUGCUCGUUUAGCGGCAUCCUAACGAGAGCAGAGGAGCUGGCCGCGCAGAUGAAGGUUGGUGGGAAGACUCCUGAAGGGGAGCCGUUUACGGCCGCGGACCUGUGCUUCAGUCUGCAGGAGACGGUGUUUGCAAUGCUGGUGGAGAUCACGGAGCGGGCAAUGGCACAUGUGGGCAGCAACCAGGUGCUGAUUGUUGGCGGGGUGGGGUGCAAUGAGCGGCUGCAGGAGAUGAUGGGUGCUAUGGCGGCAGACCGCGGCGGAAGCGUCUAUGCGACGGAUGAGCGGUUCUGCAUAGACAAUGGCAUUAUGAUUGCCCAUGCAGGCUUGUUGGCCUACGAAACGGGAUUCAGGACCCCGAUUGAGGGAAGCUCAUGUACACAACGGUUUAGGACCGAUGAGGUGUUUGUCAAAUGGAGGAGGUAA